AUGUCGGAUGAAACCACCCUCUCAGCAGCAGCGCUGGGAAUCGCCCUAGUCGCUCUCGUAACCGCCUUCGGUCAAUUACUUCAGCAAUACCUUGCCACCGCUGAUGGCUUUCGACGGUGCCAGAAAUCUGUAAUGGGCGAAUAUGCUCGAAAGACGCAUCGCCGUUGGAGAUGGAGCGAGUUCCGUUUUGAGACUUUAUAUACUGUCCCUGAGAUAACCAUGGUCGGGGACGGAGCCCCCAGCCGAGCUGGUCAGGUUGUGCUGACGGGAACUGAGUUGACAAGAGAGAAGUCCCUGGUUCCAAUGGGCAUCAUGAUUGGGGGUGAUAGUAUGAUCAUUUCAAAGAACACCGGGUCUUGGAAUCUACGCCGCGUAAAGUUGGAGGAUGGACACGGACAGUCACAGACGUGGUUAGUCAAAGCCCCGAAGCAAAAUAUUGAAGACCGCGGGGAAAUGGCCUGCUGGGUUCCUUUCCUACACUGGAUCCAUGAAUCGACCAGGGUGGCACUAAAAGACCACAACCCUCAAUUCGAGAGUGUGAAUUUCCCUCCUCCCGAUACCAGAGCCCCGGCCAUAGUGUUCCGCGAAAGGUCCUGGGAUUUCCAGCUGCCGGAUGUUGUUCGACCGUUGGCUAAAUCAACUCUUUCAGACAUAGCUGUCAUUGCCAGGCGGAUGGGAAUGAAAUGGAAGGAGUUUCGACCCUCAGAUGGCAUCCUACGAGCUGAGGGGCAUUCACAUAUCAUCACCUCGACGAUAGUGCGGUCCCUCGGCAUUGUGCUGCAAUAUUCUUACACAGGACAAGACUCGCGUUUAAAACUAGCCGAGAGGCGCGUCAGGGGCAUCGUCACAGGUUCUCUAAUCUCGGAACAACAGGAGAUAUAUAUCCCCACGGCUAGAGCAGACAGAUUAGGAUGUGGUGUAAUUAGAACGCAUCCUAGGCUCGGUCUCCCAGACCUCACUGUUUCCACACAAGGUGAAAUAGUCACCGCGCUCUUGUACCUCGAUAAAACCGGCACAUCCUCCGCAGCCUUGAGCAAGAUCCUAAAAGAGAACCCAGACUUCUGUUUCCGCGUGGCAGAUCUAGUCGCUUUCACUUCGCCUUUUAUACGUUUGGUCGGCUCAAAACUCGUACAGGUCCCGGCACCGAGCGAAAAUGUGCAUGGCGUAACGACGAGUCCCGUUGGACGAAAAGCGUUCCGGGAAUGCCUUGAGGAAUACGUGGCUGCACGGAAUGAUAAGAUACCUCAAAUUACCGAGGUCCUUAAUAUAUGCCAUAAGCUCUCUGCCCAAUACGCUGCCUGGGACCAGACAGAUGAGACGGCCCUACAGGACGAACAAUGGGUCAUCACGCGGGAUCCAGUUUAUCUUGACAAGCUCCAAGAUACAUGGCGCAGCCUAACUGACCAAAUAUUGGACUCCAAACUGGAGAACAGACAAAUCUACCGCCAUUUACUAGCCAGCCACAUCCGGGUCGUUAUGUUUUGCGAAGGGGGGGAGACAUCUAUGUUGAGAAAUUGGGGCGCUGAUUAUAAAGCUGAUAUGAAGGGAUAUUUUGCCGCCUUGCCGAAGAUUGUGGAGGAAAUGAAGGAGUUGGGUGUCGUUGAUGAGGAAUGGGUUAUUCAUGCUUGGUUAACGAUGAUGCUUCGGGGUCUGUGUUGGGGUGCUAGCCACUUUUUUGUGAGGGGCGAGAGGGUGCCGAUCCAGUAUUUUGGAAGCCAAUUACCGGUCUACAUUGGGUAG